AUUUGCAUAUAACCAUUUCAGACUUUUCUGUCUGCCCCUGGAUAUGGUUCCUGCAUCUCCUAAUUGUUGUUUGGGUUUUCCCCCAUCACUUCCUACCUUCAUUGUUUGAUUUGUUUUCUUGGGAUUUGGUUCCCAAACAAUUGGUUCGCGCAGCCAAAACUCUUUCUCGUGAAGGAAGAAAGCAGGCACAGCAAACGCUGCGAAGGGAGGGAGGGAGGGAGAGCUGCGAUUAACUCACACCACCCUUCCUUCUUUCCUAGGCCAAAGCAGCGCUUCUCCGCCACCCCGAAGCCAGGCCCUCGCAGCUGAGAUGCGGCCGCCUGUGACAACCCCGCCCUUCCCACUCGAGUUUGCUUUCAUUUUCGGAAUCGGGGGCCCAUCGAGUGGUCUUCACCGAGCGGCAACCAAAGGGCUCGCCUGACUUCGCUCCCGAGGAAAAGGCGGCUCCUUUGGCAGAUGCACAACUAACAUCAACACUUCAAUUGCUAGGAUGUGUUUUUAAACUACAAUGGCAUUUUCCAUGAAACCACUGAAUUUCUGCAAACUUGUAUACAUCAGUGCAAUAACUUUGACUUUUAGCAACUUUCUUGAAACAUCUCAAUCAUCAUUCAUUCUGAAUAUGAAACAAGAGGAUUUUGAGUACAUUCUAUCAUGGAAAGCUGGAAAUAGUUCAAGGAUGCCAGCAUGCUACACAGUGAUGUACCAGUAUUUUACAAAAAGAAAUUUUGGCUGUAAUUUACAUACCACGGGAACAAAGUCAAAAUCAGCAGUAAAAGGCCAGGAACAAGUUAAUUCUUACAACUCCAGGUCUCAGGAAAACCAGGAUUCGGACCAUCAUGUUCUGGGACCAGGGCAGUUGGCUGUUUGCCCAGCUUUCUCAGAAACAGAUGCACAGAAAACACCAAUGAAGCAGGAUCUAAGUGAUAUAAAAUCAAAAUUCAGGACAGUCCAGGAAUGUACUAAUAUUACAAGACCAUUCUGUAAUCUAACAAACGAAUUUGCAGACUUUUGCCAAGGAAGUGCAUUUAUUAUAGUACAGCAAGACACCAGCAAUGGAACAAAUUAUUCAGAUAUUCGAACAUUCAAUCCAUAUGCUGAACGAUGCUUCAAGCCACCUGAGUUUAAUAUUUCUGUCUGUCAAAACUGUGUAAAUGUUACAGUGAAACUUCCACCUCUGUUACUUAAAAUUUAUCAAAAACUUGAUUAUAGAAUCACAGUGAAAACAGCUGAUCUCAAGGAAAAUCGUAUUGAUAAUACAACCAAACAGGAUCAUUUCUUCACUAUUCUGGAAGAUUUGCAUCCAAAUAAAAAUUAUUGCAUUGCUGUUGAGGUGUCUACAGGUGUUAAUCGCCAGUGCAAUUCCACCAUUCCAAAAUGUAUUAUGCUUGACUCCAAUAAUAGAAAAGAUUAUACUAUGUUUUCAUUUUUGGCUCUAUUUAUACUAUUGGCAGUGGUAGCCAUUCUAGUUUUCCUGCGUAAGGCUGGUUUUAUUUCCUUUAAAAGGAAGACAUCACCAAGUGUCUUGAACAUCAAACCUAACUUGGCUUAUUCAGUUUUUGAAUCAGAUCCUGAAGAAGUUUGUGAUGUGCAGGUCCAGAAAAGUAAAGUGCAACAACAUAGUGAUGAUGAGAACAGUGAAAGUGAUGUUGAGAGUACUUUUGAUACUAAAUGUGACAUCUUUAACCAGAUUACACCAUUCUCUGAGAUGGAUAUCAGUCAGAAGUUGUUCACAGGUUGCUCAGCUACUACAAAUGAAGUAACCAGAACUUUAGCAGAAAGAAAUCAGAAUGAUAUUGACAAAAGCAGCCCAAUUACCCCAUUAUAUCCUGAAGUAAACUCUGGCCAUGUAGCAGAAUCAGAACGUACAGACUGCUUAAAUGUAAACUUAAAUACUGUGAUGCUAGGAAUAUCGGAUAAAAAUCUGGAUUUUUCUACAUUUGACCAUGAAGAUAUAAUAGACUUGAAUGAACCUUGUAUUUCAGAUGCAUUUGAACCAAACAAUUUCACUAAAAUGCCAGAUAAUCAGAGCUUUGAUGUUCAAAGUCCUCUAUGUUCAUGGGAAAAUCUUAGUGUCUCUGGAGAAAGUGAAUCAUCUUAUUCAGAAACAGAAUGCACCAGUGGAUAUAUGAGAAGAUGAAUCCAUGAAAAGUGACACAACUUCCACUGACCCUCCCUUUGAAAGGCACUUUGGGGGAGCAGUAAUUUAGACCAGACAAACAUUGAGCUCUUUCUACCAUUUCUUCAUUCCAAAUUAACCCUAAAAUGAUUGUGAGACUCAUUUAAACAAGAAACAGUGUUGAUACUUUACUAUCUGCAUUUAUAUUGCAUGUGGUUCCUAUGGAUACCAAAAUAUAAUUACAUAGUUUGUUGUAUA